UCUACUGACUGACAUGCACGCCUGACUGAAGAGCUGAGGUGAAGCACUGUACAAGGCAACAGCUGCUCGUUUAUUUUGUAUGUGAAGCCCGUUUUAAAAGGACUCUAGGACCUACAUCUGUAGACUGCAGACUCAUCCUGUAGACUGAGACUGUACACUCAGACCUACAUCUGACAUGAAGUAUAGAAGAUAUGGAGCUGAAACCACAGCCAGCUCCAGUGAACAGAAAUGACAUUAAGAAACUGAAGGUGAUGCAGUAAGUGUGCGGUCAAAGAAGUGGAACUUGCAAAGAUGCCAAUCAUGAAAGGGCUUCUUGCCCCACAGAACACCUUCCUGGAUGCCAUUGCUAAGCGUUUUGACGGCACCCACAGCAACUUCCUGUUGGGAAAUGCACAGGGUUGCCGUGGAUACCCCAUCGUGUACUGCUCCGAUGGCUUCUGCGAGCUCACGGGGUUCGGGCGGACAGAGGUCAUGCAGAAGACAUGCAAGUGCCACUUCCUGUACGGGCCAGAGACCAGCGAGCGGGUCACCCAGCAGCUGGAGAAGAUCCUGGAGGGCCAGCGAGAGUACCAGACCGAGGUCCGCUUCUACAGGAAGACCGGAAGCCCAUUCUGGUGUCUCUUGGACAUAGUGCCAAUAAAGAAUGAGAAAGGAGAAGUGGUUCUCUUCCUGUUUUCCUUCAAGGACAUCAGUGAAUCAUAUGGGAAUACUCAUCACAGUAGCCAUAGAGAUGCAAGUAUAUCUGAGGACGAGUGUCAGAGCAUGAAGGCUGGCAGCUCGCCCCUCAGCCGGGCACGUGAACGUGGGAGGACCGUCCUGUGUCAGCUCACCAGCCACUUCACCAGCAAGAACAAAGGAAAGCUAGCAAAUAAUGUGUUCCGCGGACCAUCCCUUCCAGAGUACAAGGUGGCUUCAGUGAAGAAAUCACGUUUUAUCCUGCUACACUACAGCCUGAGCAAGGCAUUGUGGGACUGGCUGAUCCUCUUCGCCACCUUCUAUGUGGCCGUGACUGUACCGUACAAUGUGUGCUUCUCAACGCCUGAAGACAGUGACCAUGGCAACGACGACUGUGAUUCCACUUCCCGGAGCACCAUAGUCAGUGACAUUGCUGUGGAGUUGCUCUUUAUACUAGACAUUGUGCUGAACUUUCGCACCACCUAUGUGAGUCAGUCCGGUCAGGUGGUCUACGACGCCCGCUCCAUCUGCCUGCAUUAUUUAGCCACCUGGUUCAUCCUGGACGUCAUCGCUGCCCUACCGUUUGACCUGCUCUAUGCUCUGAACAUCACUGUUACGUCUUUGGUGCACCUCCUGAAGACGGUGCGUUUGCUGCGUCUGCUGCGGCUGCUCCAGAAGCUUGACCGCUACUCCCAGUACAGCUCUGUGGUGCUGACCCUGCUCAUGUGUGUCUUUGCCCUGCUGGCCCACUGGCUGGCCUGCGUGUGGUACGUCAUCGGCUACAAGCAGCUAGAGAGCAAUGACCCACUAACCUGGGAUAUAGGCUGGCUGCAGGAGUUGGGGAAGCGUUUGGAGUCCCCAUACACUAAUGGCACCACGGGGGGUCCAUCAAUGCAGAGCGCCUACAUUGCCUCACUCUACUUUACUCUGAGCAGUCUGACCAGCGUGGGCUUUGGCAACGUGUGUGCCAACACAGACGCCGAGAAGGUCUUCUCCAUUUGCACCAUGCUGAUUGGGGCUCUGAUGCACGCGGUGGUGUUUGGGAACGUGACGGCCAUCAUCCAGCGCAUGUACUCGCGACGCUCGCAGUACCACACGCGCAUGAAGGACUUGAAGGACUUCAUCCGGGUGCACCGGCUGCCUCAACAGCUCAAGCAGCGCAUGCUCGAGUACUUCCAGGCCACCUGGUCCGUCAACAACGGAAUCAAUGCCAACGAGCUGCUGCAUGACUUCCCGGAUGAGCUGCGCGCCGACAUCGCCAUGCACCUGAACAAGGACAUCCUGCAGCUGCCGCUCUUCUCCUCAGCCAGCAGGGGGUGCUUGCGCUCCCUCUCGCUCCACAUCAAGACAUCCUUCUGCGCCCCCGGAGAGUACCUCAUUCGCCAUGGUGACGCGCUCCAUGCUCAGCACUUCGUCUGCUCAGGGUCGCUCGAGGUGCUGAAGGAUGGAAUGGUGCUUGCCAUAUUAGGUAAGGGAGACCUGAUCGGCGCAGACAUCCCUGGGCAGGACCAGGUGAUCAAAACGAACGCAGACGUGAAGGCGCUCACCUACUGCGACCUGCAGUACAUCAGCAUUCGAGCUCUGCAGGAGGUGCUGGAGCUGUACCCGGAGUACGGCCACCGCUUCAGCUCAGACAUUCACGACAACCUGACGUACAACCUGAGAGAGGGUAUGACGAGGUUCUCUCGCUCUCCUCGACUUUCACAGGAUCGUGCAGAGUCGUCACUGUCCAGGGACUCAAAGCUGCCCUUUAUCAUUAAGUCUGAGGAAGAGGAUGACCUCAUCAAGGACACUAGUUUCUCAUCCUCCCCUGGCCGACCGCCCUUGCACUCCAGUUUGGGAAGCCCCUGCCGACAGUCCUCCCUGACCACCAUGUUGGGGGAGGAGCUACGCCACAUCAACAUGCUCCGCCUCUGCCGCUCGCCCACUCAGGGCUUCCGAGGCCGAAGCCCUUCCCCACAGCCAGCCAAAGAGGAGCUGUCCCCCAACCAUGGGCCCACCCACACCACCAACAGCAGCUCAUGCCAUAGGCCAGCUAAACUGCUCAUCCCAUCCCUGACCUGUGUGAGCCCACUGGACCUGAGCCCCAGAGUUGUUGAUGGCAUUGAGGAUAAUGAGAGAGCUUUUCACUUCAAUAUGGAGCAGUCUGUAGGCUCUACCAACACAGGAGUCAAAGACCCUUACCAGGUGAGUGCCAACCUGCUCCUGGAAACUGAGGAUGUCAGACAGAGUGUCAACCAACUCAACAAAGAGAUAAGUCAUAUGAAUCAGGAGGUGUCAAAUUUGACUAAGGAGCUCCAUGAGAUGAUGCACUUCCUCCAGACCCAUGUCACCCUGCCGCACUUCCACUCGUCCCUGUCCUCCUUUCCUUCCUUCGGACUCCAAGUGGUGCCCACUCCCUCGGUGAGCAGCACCCUGGCUGCCACAGCUCCCGACUGGCAGCCCCGGAUGCCAGUGAACAUGCCCACUGGUUCCGCAUGUGUUCACCCCGACUCCUUGACCAGGGACAGCCUGGCCCACAGGAAUGUGUGGGGCUGUGGUGGAAACACUGCCCAGGUCAGGGCGUCUGUGGUGGGCCAGGAAGGAGAGACGACUAGCCAGCACCCACCCAACAGUCCGCAGGCCCCCUGCCCACACUCCUCUUGCUACUCGGACAGGGACAAGGCUGCGGGGCUUGGAGCGGACACCCAGCAGAGUCCCUUCCAGACCUCCAGGACAACACAGAAUUCUCCCUGUAUGAGCCAGCAACAUGCCCAGCCGGCACCUACCCGACUGGGUCUCAGCCUCUGCAGCUCUGGACUGAUGCAGCCAAUCGGUUUUGGUGGCUCAGUGGCAACCCCAAGCCCUUCACAUCCCAUUUACUCCCAUGGCAACCUCAGCCGGUCCCACCCAUCCCUUAGUUUGCCGGUGACCUCCGAACUCUUUAGACCACACUCCGGAAUCCCUACGCCGAUCCACACCUCCCUUACACCGAUGGGGCAGUCUCAGCUCCAUACUGUCGUCAGCCCUCUGAUGCACACUGGGAUUUGUAGUCCUGGUUCUAGUCUUGAGCUGCUGCUGGGCCAUGGACACCCAGCUGGGUCCAGACAAAACAACCUUGUGGGCUCUAGUCCAGUCCACACACAUGACCCCCCGCCCUCCUCCACAGCAGAACCACCUACAUCAGAGAACAAUGGAGCAUCUGGAAUGUAACUAUAAUGAAAAUAAUAAUUAUCUGAAAAUAUGUUGAAAACUAUUUGAGAUCUCUGGACAGCCACAAAGAAUAUUGGUGGUAUUAUAUAGGAUUAUUACUAUAUAACUAUUAAUUAGCCUAGUGGUACCAUUAACUAAUGGUAUUAACAAGAUACUGUUCACUAAUUGUUUUGUGUUUCGUCUACGAGGAACAAAUUUAACAUGGAUUAUCUAAACUGAAGCACAUUUGUUGACAACAUGCUAACAGUAUACACAAUAGGGUACAAUAGGAUUUCCCAGGUUCCUGAACCACUCUCUGGAAUCUGACAGUGUCAGUGGUGAUUCACUGUCUACAAGUUUGUCUGGUCAGAUUUUCUACCAUGGCCAAGGCUCUCCACUGCAGGUGCUGAGCACAAUGGAGCAGGCUUUACAGGCAGAGCUCAUGGUUUAGGUGAAAGGAUGUUGAUAGCUCAGCAACCAAUCAAAUUACACCCCAUCACAUGAGUGCACAUACAGAACACACACGAGGAGCAAUUUGCAAAAUCUGACAAAAAGUAUGUUGGAUUGUAUAAAGUAUUGGACUGCACCUAUAAAAUUAUGUCUUAGUGUUUUGUUAGGUAUGAUGUGAAUCACCACAAAAAAAGUAUCUUCAGUUGUCUAGUUAAUAAGAACAGAAAGCUGAAAACACAAGAUCAGGGGUCCGGUGGGAUGUUAUCUAUAUGUUGUCAUAUAAUCACACAGUCAUAAAAUUAUACACAUUUUUGCACAUUGUCAUUGAAUCUCACGUCACGCUGGGCAAAGUAAAAAUAGGCUUGGUUAUUGAUGGACCACUGUGGGAAAUCACCUACCUAUAGCACAAGGAAUGUAUUACAGGAACACUAUUCCUGUCUGAAAUGAAAUAUACUUGCAAAAGUAUAUUUGUAGAAAUAUAACUGCAGUACAUUUGCAUGCAUUCUUGUUUUCUGACAUAUGCAUGAGUUAAUAUUCUGAAAACUAUUUAAUUGGUAAUGUAUCUAAAAGGAAAUGCAUCUUUGUGCAUAAAUGUUUCUAAUUUUUGAUUCAGGGCAAAUUCAAGACCUGUAUUUAUUUUGCCCACAGAGCUUCCUUUAUAAAUUUGCUGAGUGACAGUAUCUCUUUAUGGAGACAUAAGAGGGAUAAUCAGCUAUAUUAAGCUGAUGUGAAAGACUAUUCAGAAGACCAAAUCUAUACUUUCCAAAAGGUACCAAAUCUAAGAUUAUGCCGAUAUUGGUUUGACAGACAUGCAGAUGUGACAUUGGGCCCUGUUUUGGCGAUCAGAAACAGCUGGUCAGAGGCACAAAGUUUAUAGACAUUAAAGGUGUGGCCUGUCCACAAUCAUUAAUUUAAUGGCGUGAUUUUGUGAUCAAACGCUGGGCGCAAAAGGGUUGUUCUUAUGUUUCUUAAUCAGUCAUAGGUGUGCUUUUGGAGUAACAUCCUUUAAACCAAUGAGAAUGACAUCUGUCAUUUCCUUUAACAGCAAGCAGCGCAACUUCAAACAGCACAUCGGUAUCUUGAUAGUCAGCAGCGCAUUUGAACAAAUCUGCUUGCACUCAAGAUCAGAACAGGGAUUUCACUAAACCUUGCUUUACUAAAACCUGUUUGUGACUAGCAGAGUAUAGCCUACAUGCAUCUGCACU